AUGAAGACACAUGCUCCUACUUUAUUCAUGUUUCUGUGGCUGCAGCUGGAUGGGAUGAUCCAAGGUGAGCAGGUGGAGCAGCAUCCUUCCACCCUGAAAGUCCAGGAGGGAGCCAACACUGUCAUCAACUGCACUUAUGGAGACAGUACAUUGUACUACUUCCCUUGGUAUAAGCAAGGACCUAGAGAGCAUCCUCAACUCAUUAUUGACAUUCGUUCACCCGUGGAAAGAAAGCAGGAGAAAAGACUGAUCGUUUUACAGGAUAAGAAAACCAAACACUUCUCCCUGCACAUCACAGACACCCGGCCUGGAGACUCUGCCCUGUACUUCUGUGCUGCAAGUGCACACUGCUCCACAUGCACCUGCAGCCUGUCCUCAAACCUGCCACGGGGCCUGGAGCCCAGUCCACAUCCUGUGUCACAGGCCUCCAGUGCGGCUUGUGUCAAUUGGAGGAGUAAAGGAGACUCAGUGACCCAGACAGAAGGCCUGGUCACAGUCACAGAGGGGUUGCCUGUGAUGAUGAAUUGCACCUAUCAGACUACUGAUUCAGCUCCUUUCCUUCUCUGGUAUGUGCAAUAUCCCAACAAAGCCCCUCAGCUACUCCUGAAGAGCUUCACAGACAACAAGAGGACAGAGAACCAAGGGUUCCAGGCCACUCUCCAUAAGAGCAGCAGCUCCUUUCACCUGCAGAAGUCCUCAGUGCAGCUGGCAGACUCUGCCCUGUACUACUGUGCUCUGAGGGACACAGUGAGGGGGACUGCAGGGGAAGCUGCACACAAACCCAGGGUGCAGGAGGCUGAGGGGAGUGGCCUGUGA